GACGGUGCCGACAGGCGCCGACACGGAGCACGCUAUGUCAUAACCUUUAGAGCACAACGCGUUUAGUAAACAAUCUCGUGUGCGAAGUCACUAACGUUUAUUUUAUUCGCAAUGUAUGAGGCACACAGCAUCAAUGCAGAGCACAAAGAUCUCAUCCAUGAUAUUGCCUAUGAUUAUUAUGGGGAACGAAUGGCGACAUGUUCCAGUGAUCAGUUCGUAAAGGUUUGGGAUGAGGAUGAACAUGGAAAUUGGCACCUUACUGCAUCGUGGAAGGCACACAGUGGCUCCGUAUGGAAAGUCACUUGGGCACAUCCAGAAUUUGGUCAGGUUCUUGCUACAUGUUCAUUUGACCGCACCGCAGCUGUUUGGGAGGAAAUAGUUGGCGAAGGUUCUGGGCCAGAAGCACGUGGUAGUAAGCAUUGGAUUAAAAGGACAAAUCUAGUUGAUUCACGUACUUCUGUCACAGAUGUAAAAUUCGCACCAAAGACUUUGGGCCUACUAUUGGCCACUUGUAGCGCAGAUGGAUUCAUUCGGAUAUAUGAAGCACCAGAUAUCAUGAAUUUAAGUCAAUGGACUCUACAGCACGAUAUCAAUUGUAAACUUUCAUGUAGUUGUCUAACUUGGAAUCCUUCUCUCUCAAGAUUACAUCCACCUAUGAUAGCAGUCGGUAGUGAUGAUCCCAAUCCGUCGCUUGGGGCAAAAAUCUUUAUCUAUGAAUAUUCGGAGAACAGUAGGCGUUGGAUAAAGGCCGAAACAUUGUCAAGCAUUACAGAUGCUGUUUAUGAUAUUGCAUUUGCUCCCAAUUUAGGAAGAAAUUUCCAUACGCUGGCCAUAGCUACGAAAGAUGUACGGAUAGUUACUUUGAAACCGACGGAUGAGAAUACGCAAGCUGGAAUAUCACAUUUUGAAACGAAUGUAGUUGCGCAGUUUGAUGAUCAUUACUGCACUGUGUGGCGCGUCAGUUGGAACUGCAUGGGAACAAUUUUAGCGAGUUCCGGCGACGAUGGUUGCGUUCGAUUGUGGAAGGAUAAUUUCAUUAAUCAUUGGAAGUGUAUCUCUGUUCUCAAAGGAGAUGGCGUUCCAGCACAGAAUGCGGAAACUCCCGUUGUAGCGACUCCGCCGAGUUCGUCUACGCCAGCUCAACAGAUACCUUCUACCACCAGGUACUACAAACUGGGUACCAUCAGUCAUCCAAGCCAAGUACCUUGGCAUUAGAAGAUCUAAUCAAUUUUUAGACAAUCGUGAAUUAUUUUGUGUUUAUUGACGCGCCAAUUUUUGUCAGAAAGGAAAUAUGGAGUGUACAAUCGUUAUCGUAAAAAUUGUGACCUAUGUUCUCCAUCCAUCCUUAUUGUUUAUUUUAUUUUAUUUUUAUAAUUUAUACAUUCUUAUAAUAAUAUCUUUACUGUUGAAUUUGUUUUCUAAAGCAGUCACGUUUAUACGAUGUUAAAUGCACUGCUAUUGUUUUGCACUUUUAUUACAAUUUUAUGUUUUAUUAGCACUUCUUUUUUAUUUAAACAAGCUCAUUAUCUUAUUAGUGUUUACUAAAAUUUUAAAAAAUCGUAAUGCAAAGUUAUGUAGGACAAUUCAUAUGUGAAUCAAUAUGAAUAAGCAACUUUUGAGGAUAUGGGUGGAGGAUAUGAGAGUAUGAUAUGAACAUGUAUUUGUUACAAGCAGAUUUUGAAGAAAUUUUCAAUACAUACUCAAAUUUU